AUGAUGUUAAGUACUCAUCCGAAGAAGACGCCAUUAGAUUCAGGAUACAAUACACCACCACCUUCUGGUAAAUAUUUCCAUGGGGGAUCGGGAUCUGGAUCGAGAAACAUGAAAGGGAAUCAAGAACUCAACGACGAACUUAAAUUGAAAGCAAAUGAACUCGAAAAGCUUUUUGCAGAGCAUAAGCUUAGAGUUCCCGGAGAUCAAACUAACGCUAGUAAUCGUCAAAUCAGAAAGCAGGUCGCCGCAGAUCCUGUUCCUAGUCCUAAUCCUACCCCUGAACCGCAAUUAAGAUCGGAAACGGAAUCCCCAAUUCCAAUUCCGAUUCCAGUGACAGAAGUUGAAAUUCCUGAUGAUUCUAGAGGAAAGCUAUACGAUAGGUACAUGAAGAAAAGAGACGCAAGACUAAAGGAAUCAUGGGAUUCUAACGAAGCUAAAAUGAAAGCCAUGCAUGAUUCGCUUGAACGUAAUAAUACCGAAAUGAAAGCAAAACUUUCAUGGUCUUCAGAUAGACAGAAUUCAAGUGCUGAAAAACGUGCAGAAAGGAUCAGAUCAUUUAACGCACCUUCAUCUUCAAAAAGAGACGAGCCACUGGAUUUUGGGCAACAGAGUAUUAAAAAACCAUUACCAAUUCCAAGAUCAGGCACCAAAUUGGGGUCGAGUUCUGGAAGAAGAAGGGUACAAAGUGAUAAUGUUAUUGCACAAUCUGUCCCUAAUUUUUCUGAUUUAAGGAAAGAAAAUACAAAGCCUUAUUAUUCUGGAAAAGUGGGAGGUCGAUCUCAGAUGAGAAACUAUACACGUAGCAGAAGCAGCAGUGCCAAUGAGGAGACGCCACCUGUCAAAGCAGAGAAGCCAGCAGCAAAGCGGUUUCUAAGAAAGAACACAGGUAUAGGACCUGGUUCGGGAAGUGUUGCUGCUAAAAUGAAAGCUUCAAUGGUAGUGUCUCAAUCUAUGAAUGAAGAGGUAAAUGUGAUUGAAACAGUUGAUGUUGAAGAAGAAGAAGAAGAAGAGUUUGAUGAUAAUACAACGCAAGAAAAAGAAGAAGAAAUCGAGUCAAGAAUGAGUAUUGAAUCCGAAACAUUGAUUAAUUCGGAAUCAGAAAUUGAAAUUGAAAACAGCUCAAAAAUCGAAAACAUUUCUGAUAUAAUACCAGCUGCUGCUGCUACAGUGAGUCCUCCAGAUGAAAGCCCGGUGUCAUGGAAUUCUCGCUCCAAUUACCCGUUUUGUGAUGUGGAUUAUUCGCCUAUGAGUAUGAGUAUGAGGAGUCCAGGGUUUAAUUCAAAUGAAACAACAGCUGACGUGGCAAGAAUGAGGAAGAAAUGGGGGAUUGCUCAAAAACCUAGUCUUGUUGUCGUUCCCGAUUCAUCGGGAUCCGGGAUUCAAUCUAAAAAGGAUAUGACCAAAGGAUUUAAACGGUUGUUGAAAUUUGGAAGGAAAACUCAUAGUCAAAGUCAAAGUAGGUAUAACGAAAGUUUGCCUGAUUAUAUCUCUGCUACAACUUCUGAGGGAGAUGAUGACACUGAAGAUGGAAGAGAUCUUGCAAAUCGAUCUUCAGAUGAUUUGAGGAAAUCAAGAAUGGGAUAUGAACAUGAUUUGACCGAUUAUUAUGCUGAUCAAGUGCAUACAUUGCAAAGUUCGAUCCCAGCACCUCCGGCAAACUUCCGGUUGAGGGAGGAUCAUCUGUCUGGAAGCUCCAUUAAAGCUCCUCGAUCAUUCUUUUCUUUGUCAACAUUCCGAAGCAAGGGAAGUGAAUCAAAACCAAGAUGAGUUGAGUUGGUGGUAUGAUUUAUGAAGGUGUAAAACAUUUGAUCGUAUUCAUAGGUACAUAUAUAUAAAUACAAAAUGGUUGAUGGAGUUCAUCAUUUAUAUAAGAUCUUCAUCAUCAUUGUUAUGUAUAUCUUGGUGGAUUUGAAUGGGAUUUUGUGGCGUAUUCUAUUUGAUGAGCAAGAAGAAAUCCAAAAUUGGUGGAAUUUUGUUGAUUUGGAUAUUCUUCGUUUGCACAAGUAUCAUUGCGUGUUGGAUUUUUGUUAGUUUCUUUGUUUUCGAGUCAUAAUCAUGAUUGGAAGGAUGAAUCUUUGUUCGGUUUAGUAAAACAAAUGGCUACAAUACAAAUACAAAUAC